AUGUCACGUUUUAGCUAUUCCUACUUUGUUGCAACUACUACCAGGGAUCCCGAGCGAGCUUGCACUCAUUUUUCUUUCACCCAGGCCACAUACAACCUGAAUGAUGAAUAUCCCGACACCUGGUCGACUGACAUAUCAAAGGGUGACGGGAGAAAGUGGUUCCGACACCUGACGUGCUACCGUUUGCAGGGUUAUGACAAGAUCACAAAGGUAGCACUGCUUCGCAGUGAGAAUGGCUACGAAGACUACAUCGGCAAGUAUGAAAACGGCUUCCUCAACGGCGGCGGCACCACCAACAUCAACGAGGAUCGGGGCAGUAGCGCAGAUGCCUUGUAUCUUAUAUGGGCGUACUAG